GAACUCGUUUAUGUCUACGGAAAGAAGGGACUCAUCUUGGAGGUACUAGCUGAUCUUCGAAGAGCUGUGUAGAUGGCAGUCUUCGCUCCUUGAUUCAGAGUGAGAGGUCCCUGGUGUAAUCGUGUACUUUUACCAUUUAUAAUGGAAAACUGCAGCGAGGACUAUAGGAUCCAGUCAUUUGAUGUGGAUACACAGAAACUGCUAAAAACAGCCUUGAAAGAUCCAAGUUCUGUGAACCUGGAGAAGGUCUCCAACAUCCUCGUGGACCAGUCGCUAAAGGACCCCCUGUUCAGCAAAGAGGCCGGCCGUAUUUGCUACACGAUUGUGCAGGCUGAGGCCAAGCAAAACAAUGGAACCGUGUUUCGGAGGCACCUGCUGAACCGCCUGCAGCAGGAGUUCAAGGAGCGCGAGGAGACAAGGAAACGCUCGCUGCAGGCCUGGGUUUGCUACGUCACGUUCAUCUGCAACAUCUUUGACUACCUCAAGGUGAACAACAUGCCAAUGGUGGCCCUGGUCCUGCCUGUGUACGACUGUCUAAUGAGGCUGGCCCAACCAGACGCUCUGCUGAACGAGGAAGAGGUGGACUGCCUGGUGCUGCAGCUGCAUCGCAUCGGGGAGCAGCUGGAGAAGGUGAACAGCCAGCGGAUGGACGAGCUCUUCUUCCUGCUGAGGGACGGCUUUCUCCUGCAGGAGGGCCUGACCUCCAUGGCUCGCCUCCUGCUGCUGGAGGUCCUGGAGUUCAGGGCCGGCGGCUGGAUGCUCAGCAGCACCGCCCACAAGUAUUACUACAGCGAAAUCGCCGACUGAGUCGGGCGACUCGCGCGCCUUGGACGCUUUCCUUUGGUCGCCACUGAUUGCCACACCAGCAGCUUCACGGUAGAAAGCGACAUUUUCUACGGUGAUCAGAGACGCAGGGGGGGGGGAUGAGGAUUUUUUUUUUUCCUGCGUUAUUUCCUGCGUUUGAUCAAGGCUUGGAAUGUGACGGAUGUGGAAUGUGCAAUAGUUUGAGGUUUUUAAGUUCUUAAAGUUUCUGCCACAUUGAGACACACUUUGAUUCAAAACCAAGAAGUUCUAACAUUUAAAAAAAAAAAAAUCUUUUUUUGCAUUCCUGUUUUGUAGGAACAGUUUACCAAAUUUUUGGAGUUAAAAACAAGACAUUCCAGUCAGAGUCGGACUGAUUUAAUUUUAUGCUAUUAUUGGUAUUGCGUUGGAAUACUUGCAGGGAGCGUUAAGACAUUUUCCUGUGUGAAGUUUAGGAGUUUCUGAAAGACUUGGGUUGCUGUUAAGCAGCAGGAUUCUUGUUACCGUUUGAUGCGAGGCCAGUUUGUCACUUGAAGCGCCGUCUUUCUUCAGGGAUUUUUAUUUCUUGUCACAGCUUCAGUUGGAAGACCAAAAUGUCAAAUCCCUCACUUUAAAACUUUUUUAUAUAUACACACACACACACAUAUAUAUAUAUAAAAAAGACAGCUUUUAAUGUGGAUCAAAGGGUUAGCUUUGUGUUGAAGUCGUGCCAACAUUCUCUGAGCAUUGAGAUUUUCCUGACAUCUGAGGCUUUUCUCCUUAAAUCGUAGGAAGUGGCAUCCCUUUAAAUCAGAGACGAACCAAUCAGGCUUUUACAGGCCAAUACCGAUUUCCACAUUUGACCUGAUGAUCUCUUUCUUGUUGCUUAGAACUAUUUCCCUUAAAAACUUCCAUCAAUUUAGCUUAAAUUCUGGAGUUCAUUGCCAGAAUAUUGGCUUUGUAGGAAGAAACGUUGCUGCAGAUGUAGUUUCGAUCUAAACAGAAAGUGAAUAUUUCAAUUCAAUGUUUCAAAUUAGACACCUGUUACUUUUAUCUCAGUCUGUUGAGCUCAAAACAAAGGGGAUCAGUUGAAAUAUAGUUUUGGGGUGUGUUUAGAGAACAAAAA